CACAGAACCGUUGACGUCGUGUUGCUUUACAAAAAAACUUUUUAUAGAAAUGAACUAAGUGGGUUAAAGAGAAGCUGAUGGAUAAAAUGGAGAUUACGGAACCAGUCAAUCUGAUAAAGUCAGUGUUUGUAUGUAACACAUUUAACUUUUUGUUUGCUGCAGCUAAAUCUUGUUUAUUUCCAUUCCUGACACUUUAUCUGAGACUGCUUGGAUUAACAGCUACAGAGACAGGUAUAAUCAUAGGCGCAAAAACAAUAUCAGCCUUCAUUUUUGCACCACUAUGGGCCUUGUGUUCAGCUAAAUUCCGAAAAAGGAGACUUGUUCUGAUGUUUUCAAUAUUUAUGAUGGCGUUGACUUAUCUUGGACUUACACUUGUGAUGAAUGUUAAUCAUGCUGCCACAGCUUGUCCUGGAGAUGUUCCACCAGGGAAUAUGAAAGGAACCUUAAAGGAAUUACUGCAAAACAUUAAAACUAACAGAACAGACCUGCUGCCCACAAAAACCCCAUUACAAUUAAAUCAAACUGGUAAUAUCACUUCUCAAACAAAAACUUCAAAAUCACCUCUACAGCCAACUGACCUCCCAACGACAACUACAGAAAACGAAAAGAAGGUCAACAAAAUAUUUGAUUAUGGAAGAAAAUUGCUUAUAGAAUUAGGAUUGUCAAAGACGGAUGUGGAUGGCCUAAGCAACUCGGACAUGAUAGCUUUAUUCCAAGACAUGCUGACACAAAAAAACUGGCAAACUACCAUAAGACAAAGUUUAUCUCCAGAGGAAAUGGAAGAAUUUUUUACUUUCCUUGAUCAAGCUGUGGAUGCUAUUAAUAAUGGGGAAAUUAAAGUUAGAAAGAAAAUUAUAAAGCGUAGUUUAAAAGACACCUGGGAAAAUAUCAAAACUAAUUUAAAGUCAUUGAAAACUGCAUGGACUGUUAAAAUAACUGAAGCAGAAGUUGAGGGUCAGAUAUUUUUAAUCCUUUUGCUUACUUUGGUGUUUGGCGAAGUUUUUGCAUCUCCUGUAGAAAAGAUCGCUGAUGAUGCAUGGUUUGAAUUUUUAGAAAAAAUUGACAACUUGGAGAAGUAUGGAAAACAAAGAAUAUUUACAUCUUUAGCCUUCAUUAUUUUUCCUAUCAUUGUAACUGUGAUAGUUGACAAUACAACAUGUCUAUUCAGUUUGAGAAUGCAUCCAAUAUCUCUACACUUCUACAUGUUUGGCGGAUUCCUGGGACUAACAUUCCUGGUAGCAUUCUUUUACCCUACCUCCUGUUCAGAAAAGAGGAAGUACAAAACAAAAAUUACUCAUGCAUUAAGUUUGACCUGCUGUAAAUGUGAAGGACUAUUUUAUAUCUUAACACUCUUGAUAGUAGGGGCUAUAUAUGCUUCCUAUAACAACUAUCUGUUCUGGCUGAUUGAAGAUUUACAUGGAAAGGAAUUAACCAUGGGACUUUGUGUGUCUAUUGCCAAUCUGGCAGAGAUACCAAUGCUGUUCUUCAGUGGGCCACUUGUGAGGAAGCUUGGAAAUGGAAUGGCAGUUUGUCUAUCAAUGACAUUUUUGGCUGGCAGAACCCUCUUCUACUCGUAUUUAUGGACACCUUGGGCAGUUCUUCCUGCUGAGAUGACUCAUGCCUUCACGCAUACUGUCAUGUGGUAUGCUGUCCUUAGUAAUCCAGUCUUUAGUUCAAAUCCUACUGUGGACAGAGGGGUGAGGUCAGUUUUCUCCAGCAUAUAUUUUGGUGUGGGUUUUUCAGCCGGUAGCAUCUUAUCAGGUAUCAUCUAUGAUUAUUAUGGAGUGAACAUUUUAUUUAGAGCAUGUGCAGUCAUUGCAAUAUCGUGGUGUCCAAUAUUCGUAAUCAUGAACAGAUGUUGUGCUCGACCAGCCGUUAGUGAGAUUAAAUACACCCGUCUGUUAACAUCAGAAGACGUAAACUCUGACAGUGAUGAUGAUUGGUUAGAACAUGCUCUGAAAACUGGAUGAAAAAAUCAGAGUGAAUAAAAGAAAGAAGCAUAAUGGACAAUAUACAACUUCAAUAUAAUUUUUCAAGAUGUAUUUUUUAUAUUUAAAGUUAAGAUUAUUGAAAUUUUACACUGUUGUUUAUACUUUAAAGUAGAUGCAGACCAUAUAUAUUAGUCAGAUUCUGUUCCAUACAUUUGUACAUGUGUAUUUGUGUGGCAGGUGGUCAUACAUGUACAUAUAAAGUAUGGAGUUCAUGAUAAGAUCAAAUCGUUUCAUUACUUUCUUUUGGUUUUACAAUAACAAGGCAUAUUUUAAACAUGUUAAAGUUGGAUGUCUUAUAAUAAUUUCUAGAUACAACAAUUAUAAUGACUUAUUUCCAAACAAUUUAACUUGUUAGAUUCAUUUUAUCACACAGUAAUAAACAUUACAUACAUGACUAUCUUACUGUAAUACUUAUAUCUUGGGUGUUUGGGAAUAUAAUUUUGUAAAUAUCCUUCUGCUAUGCAUGAAGAUGAAUAUAUAGGAGGUGAAAGGUUACCCGUAAAUAAUAAUGGAUAUCAGGUUUGUGAUCAAAUGUCUAUUUCUUUAUUUAAUGGUCCAUUUACACCGAAUUUCAAUUCAAAAUCAUAUUUAUAUGCAAAUAAAUCUACUCAACUGUGUAGUUAAAUAAGGGUUGUGAUUUAUAUUUUUUGGCUCGAUAUACAUGCUCAGAUGUCAAAUGGUUGAAUAUUGUAUUUAUUUAUUUUUCAGUGAAUCUCAUGAUUGAAAGUAUUUGUAUAUUUAAAUGCAGUAGAUUAAUUACUAGUUCACAAUUUGUAGAUUUAACAUAGAUUUUGACUAUUCCCAUUGCAUUGUACUUGUUUUUGCUUUUUGGGCAAGUAUUUUCAUGGUGGUUGUAUUUUGGACAACUGACUUGACCAUGGACAUUUUUCAUUUUUGUUUUAAUAUUCAACAAUAAUAUUUUUCACUUUUUGUGAUUACCGAUAAUUUGAUUUGAACAAAAGAUAAAGUUCUCCAAAAAAAAGACAACUUUUGCAAGUUGAAGAGAUGGGAGACAAUCUGUGUAUGAUAAGAAAAUUGAAGACUUCAUCUUUUAAGGAAAAGAAGUUAUCAUUCUUGCACUUAGUUAAAAAUAGGAUUAAAUAGGAUUUUUAUAAUAUUUCUUCAAAAAGUCAUUGCUGACUUUAAUUUUUUUCAUUAUUUUAAACACAACACAGCACCUGUUAGGAGUUAGAUAUUGGAUAAUUUGAUCAUAUAUGAAAAUAUAUAUUCCUUUGCCAUUAUGAUUUGUUAGAUAUGUACUACAAAUCAUCUUAUUGGCAGAACUCUAUAGUCUUAUUUCUCCUUAUGAUAAAAUGUGCUGAACUCUGCUGUGAAAAGUGAAAAUAUUUUGUGUAUAUGAUGAAUGCAUAUGAUAGGAAAGUCUUUUUAUUCAGACUGGAAUGAAAAUCAAAAACAACUUAAUCAGUAUUUUUGCUCAUAAAGUUACAUUUUUUAUAAACACUGAAUGGGAUAAUAUAUAGAAAAAGGCUCAAAUCCAAGCACAUUUCUGUAUCUAGCAGAGACCAUUUGUAUCUUUACUUGCUUUAAAUUUCCAUGUAGAAAGAAGACAUGAUGACUAAAUGCUUUUUAGCUCACCUGGCCCAAAGGGCCAAAUGAGCUUUUCUCAUCACUUGGCAUCCGUCGUCCGGCGUCCGUUGUCCGUAAACUUUUACAAAAAUCUUCUCCUCUGAAACUACUGGGCCAAAUUUGACCAAACUUGGCCACAAUCAUCAUUGGGGUAUCUAGUUAAAAAAAUGUGUCCGGUGACCCGGCCAACCAACCAAGAUGGCCGCCAUGGCUAAAAAUAGAACAUAGGGGUAAAAUGUAGAUUUUGGCUUAUAUCUCUGAAACCAAAUCAUUUAGAGCAAAUCUGACACGGGGUAAAAUUGUUUAUCAGGUCAAGAUCUAUCUGCCCUGAAAUUUUCAGAUGAAUCUGACAUCUCGUUGUUGUGUUGCUGCCCCUGAAUUGGUAAUUUUAAGGAAAUUUUGCCGUUUUUGGUUAUUAUCUUGAAUAUUAUUAUAGAUAGAGAUAAACUGUAAACAGCAAUAAUGUUCAGCAAAGUAAGAUCUACAAAUAAGUCAACUUGACCAAAAUGGUCAGUUGACCCCUUAAGGAGUUAUUGCCCUUUAUAGUCAAUUUUUAACCAUUUUUUGUUAAUUUUUGUUAUCUUUUACAAAAAUCUUCUCCUCUGAAUCUACUAAGACAAAUUUAACCAAACUUGUCCACAAUCAUCAUUAGGGUAUCUAGUUUAAAAAAUGUGUCUGAUGACCCCGCCCGCGAACCAAGAUGGCAGACAUGGCUAAAAAAUAGAACAUAGGGUAAAAUGCAGUUUUUGGCUCAUAUCUCUGAAACCAAAGCAUUUAGAGCAAAUCUUACAAGGAUAAAAUUGUUCAUUAGGUCAAGAUCUAUCUGCCCUGAAAUUUUCAGACCAAUCAGGCAACAUGUUGUUGGGUUGCUGCCCCUGAAUUGGUAAUUUUAAGAAAAUUUUGCAGCUUUUGGUUAUUAUCUUGAAUAUUAUUAUAGAUAGAGAUAAACUGUGAACAGCAAUAAUGUUCAGCAAAGUAAGAUCUACAAAUAAGUCAAACAUGACCAAAAUUGUCAAUUGACCCUUUUAAGGAGUUAUUGCCCUUUAUAGUCAAUUUUUUACAAUUUUCAUAAAUUUUGUAAACUUUUGUAAAUUUUUACAAAAUAAUUUCCACUGUAACUACUGGGCCAAGUUCAUUAUAGAUUGAGAUAAUUGUAAGCAGCAAGAAUGUUCAGUAAAGUAAGAUCUACAAACACAUCACCAUCACCAAAACACAAUUUUGUCAUGAAUCCAUCUGUGUCCUUUGUUUAAUAUGCACAUAGACCAAGGUGAGUGACACAGGCUCUUUAGAGCCUCUAGUUUAAUUAAGUAUUUGUUGUACCCUUUAAUGCAAAAAGAACAAAAAAUGUCAAAGUUUUGGGAUAUCAGGUCAACAGAACAUAACAUUUAAGAAUAAAUUCGUAAAAUCUUUCAAUGUUUCAAACUUCCAAAAAAUGUAUCAACAAUUUUAGAACUAACCAAGUCAAUUUGAGCUUACAUUCUCAAUAUUUUUAUAUAAUCAGGCUAUAGUCUUCAAAAGUGAGAUGUUGACACCAACAGUUAAUCAGUGGCUUUGUUGAUUGCUGAGUGAACUAUAGAUAAUACAUGAAACUUGACUAUUUUUUUACAGAUUUAAUAUCAUUUUCAGAAACACAAUUGUCUUCCACAUAACUAGUCUUCCAAUUAUUGGGUAAAGAAUUAGAUGGCAUGAAAUAGAUUUAAAAUUCUAUAAAAUAUUUUAAUGAUUAUGCAAGACUUAUACUUUUGACAAGUUAUUUCCAUAUAUCUGUUACAGUGACUUGGAAUUUUAAGGGUUUAUUUACUAGUUUCUUUAACAUUCCAAUGACAAGUGCCUUAUUCCAAAGCUAUUAUAUAUAUUUUGUAUAUUUAUUGAGUUAUAUGUUAUUUACGUUACUUAAUUAUUCAUUGCUAUAAAAUAGUUGUACAACUGUUUGUUGUAUCCAUAAUGAUUCAUAUCAUUACCAUUACCAUAAAAACUUACUAAUGCUGAUUUUUGACAUCUGAAUCCCUGCAUCCUUGAACUGCCAAGGUCAUUGUGUCUGCCUGACAUGUUUAAAGCAUUCAUCUGUAUUCUGAAGUACAUUUAUUCACCUCUGCCUACAGAAAUAUAUUAAUCUUAUCAUUUAUCACAUUUUUUUGAGAUGUAUUGAAAUUAUACCAAUUUAGAUAUUUGUCCUUUGCUCAAGUAUAGCCCAACAAAUGACAUAAUUAAAACCUCAUCUAAAACCAAAUACUUUCAUGGAAAUAUAACGAUUAGAAUCAAGCAUAUUUACGCCUUAACAUGUUUAAUAAUUUAUCCUUUUGUGAUUAUGUAUUAUUUGUUCUAUGUAGAAAACCUAAACAUGAAAUAACAUAUAUCACCUAAAAAUGUAAUUCUAAUUUUCAAUUUCAUUAACUUUCCUUUAAUUGUCUCUAACAAACCUUUUGUAUGCUAAAAUCGUUCUCAGAUCCUGAAAAAAUGGAUCAAAUACCAAUGUAUUACAUAUACUUUGUCAGGAAAACAGAACAAAAAUAGAAAGCAAAAUUGUUAUUAUAGUAUUGGUUCAGCACUGAAUGGAUUUCCUUUUUAGGGUCUUCAGUUACCACUAAAAAGGAAAUCCCUUCAGUGCAGAACUAAUACUAUAAUAACAUAAUUGUUGGUCUACCAAGCACCUGUAAAAAUUGGCCAUGGUAUUGUUAAUCUUUCUUAGACUUGUAUAGCUUUAAUUUUAAAAUCAAGAAAGACUAACAAUACCAUGACUAAUUUUACAAGUGCCUUGUAGACCAACGAUUUUGGUUCUUAUACUGUGAUGUAACUAUUAUUCUUAGUGAAGUAUCAUAGACCUCAUGGUUAUAUUAAAUUGAAGAAUUAGAUUUCCAAUUAAGAAAAUUUUUCUAUUGGUUUACUAUUAUACACACAGCUUAUGACCACAGAUUCUGAAAUCCAUGCAUAACUGCUAUUUCCACAGCCCAUAUAUGUAUUUGCAUCAACAUAUUAAACUACAAUAAAAUGCAUACAGUUUAAAUAUUCAAUGUGUUGACAGUCAUAUGUUCUGUGGAAUUCAGUAUUCAGUAUGCAUAAAUUGUUUAAAGUGUAAUUAUACAUAAACAUAUUGGUAUUGGAUAUAUUAGUCAUUUAUUAUAUACUAUGUUAUACAAUGCGUGAUUAUUGUAUGUAAAUAUGUAAUUUUAAAAAGAUGUCUAUGUGUAGGUACCCCCAUUCAAUUUCUAAGCUUACUUGCACACAUUGUGAAUUACUUCUUAAGUGUGUCUUCUAUCAUAUGUUAUGGUAGCAUUUGAGCCUACAAAUUUUGCUUGGCUGUGGUUCUUUUAAUUUUGUAUCAAGUUGCUACUAAAUAAAAAUUAUUUGUCAAUAAGAGAGACCUGGAUAAAACUUUUUGAUAUAUCAAAUAUUGAGACAAUUAAAGACGAUUAAUUAUUUUUUUUAAUGAAAAAUAUAUUUUAACUUGAUUGAAUACAAAGUAAUUGUUAACAUGUGCGUGAUGAACAAAUUUGUGUUUAGAAAUUGAGAAAACCUUUCUUUCUUUGGAUCUUAUGUCAAUGUGUCAUUUUUUUGUUAAUCAAGUUGUUGAUUUUCUGCAUUUUACGUAAUCAAAUCAUUUAAAAUGCAUAAACCUGCCCUAUGUUUUCUGCCACUGAAAAUUCCAGCAAAGGAACAAAAGGUGAAGUUUUUAAUUUUUUACGCAAACAGAUAAGUUUUUUUAAACUCUCACUUUUCCAUUCUUUUCUCUAUAAAAUUUGUUUUUCAUGAAAAAAAAUAUAUAAAAUGAUGUUAAUGUGUUUGUAUGUGUAAAAUGUGUACAGAAUUGUUGGAGAAUGUAUGCUUAAUGAUUUAUAUGUAUCCAUAGUUAUAAUCAUUCAGAUAGAAAAAGUUCAUUCAUUAUUCAAUGCUGUAUAUCAUGAUUGCUGUUCCAGGCAAUUUUGAUACAAUAUUACAAAUUUCACCUGUUAAAUAAUCAAUUGAAGGACAUCCAUAACAAAAAUGCGCUCAACCUAAGGCCCACCAGCCCAGGCUUGUAAAAUUGCUGUGGGGCCUGUAAAAAUCAAUUCUACAGGCCAAUAGAAUCCAACUAAAUUUUUUGUAAAAUUCAACUUCUGGCCUGUAGAUUCAAAAGUUUAUCAUUAAGACUUAACUUGUAUCUGAAAGGUACUAUAUAGAUUUACUUCAGCUGGUAGAAAAUAUGUUUUGGUUAAGAAUUUUCUCUUCAAAGAUUUCUAGGAGAAAUAUAAGAAUUUAAGGAAAAAUCCUUUCAAAAUUGCAAUUUAAAGAUUUAUAAUUAUUCCUAAAUGCAACAUAAUGUUACAACUUCAAAGUAAAUUUUAUAUUUAGAUUUCAAUAUGACAUGAGCUUCUUCAUAAUCAAUAGAUAGCAUCUGCAGCCUUAUGUUGUAUUUUUCUUUCAUUUUCCAUAGUUUUCUGAUAAAUGGACUUAUUUUUUUUAAGUUUGAAUUUAGGGACAGUCUAGGGUUCAAGAUUUUACAGCAUUAAUACCUUUUUCAAACUAGGAGAUUUGAACAGAAGCUCUUUUUUUUUUGCAACUUUUUCCAUAUUUUUUAAAUAAAUGGAUUUUCUUCUUUUUUUGCAGUCAAAAUUUAGGUAUGAUUUGUGGUUUAAGAUUUUUAAACUUUGAUUAACAUGUCAAUGCUUCUUGGAAUAUUACAAGACAAUGGAUUGACAUAUCUUAAUUUUGGCUGUCAUCAUUACACUCUUAUACUAACAGCAGGAGUAAGAAGUGGCAGACCGACACAGGGUUCUACGGAACGCUUUAUGAAUAUUUUAUCUAGAAGGUUUCAGAUGUUUUUGGAAUACAGUGUAUUGAUAGGUGUAAAAAUAUAAAAUACAGGUAUAUACUUUUGACUUAAUUUUUAUACCAGUAAAUUAUGGCUAUAUGUUUUUAUGUAACAAUAUUUUUUGGGGGUGUUUUAAAUUAUUUUGUUUAUUAUUUAUCAGGUUGUUCUAAUAUUUCAUGAAUAAGGAUAUUAAUUUCUAUGAUAUAUCUAGAUAUUUACAUUUAUUUUCUGUUAAUGUUUUCUAUAUUUUUUAUUUUAUUUUGUUGAGCCUUAACAGUUUAUAGCAAUAAUAUACAUUAAUUUGUUGAAGUUAUUAAUAUGCAUCUGUUAUAUAUGAAAUCCAGUUUGUUAAAUUAUUUGAUUUUUUUUCUGUUUAUUUUUCUCUGCCUUAUAAAUGGUUCUAAAAUUG